GCCAUUUAGGCCCCUGGGUCAGGAUCCAUGCAGGAUUUCUUCCUUUUUCUUCGGGGAAAGAGUUUUUCCUGGGAAAAGAAGAGUAACACAGGAAAUUGAGAGCUAUAAUGCAAAUCCAAAAACUUUUAUGGCUAGCGAGAGGCAGUCAUGUCAGUGUUAUGCACACCGAACAUCACCGUCCACUGAGUUUGGUAACCAUGGACACAGGAGCGCGGAUGCCUCCACUGUUGACUUUGUAGGGUUCUUAUCUCAGGACGCCAAGUGAUCCCUAUUGGUCGGUCACUUCACCCCCCCCCCCCCCCUUCAGCCAAUCACAAGCGCGGCCUGCUUUGCAUACAGGAAGAGUUCCGGAACUUUCGGUGUCAUUCUGCUCCCGUGGCUGCAGCUGUCCGUCAUCCCCCCCCGGUCCCUGCGGCCAGAUCCCGCUGCAGCCUGAACUGCCACAGGGCCUCCCCCCCCUCCCUCUCUCCCUCCCACCGCUCACCUCUCCGUCGCCUGGAUGUUCCCGCGAAGCGGCUGCCCCCCCUCGCCGCGGCCGCUGCCCCCGCUGCCCCCGCUGCUCCUCCUGCUCCUGCUGACGGGUGCCAGGCUGGCCCAGGCCUCGGUGGGGGACACUUUCGGGGAGUGCAGCCAGUUCCUGUACAUGCGGACCCCCCCCGCGGGACUGCCGGGCGGUGGCGGCGGCGGCGGCGGCAGCUUCCGGAGGAUCUGCCAGCGAUACGGCGACAAGCCACGCUACGCCACGCUGUACGACCGCGCCCGCCGCCUCCCCGUCUACUCCGCCUACACCUUCAAGAAGUCCGACGGGCAGCGGAGGGUGGACACGCCGUGGAUGUACGAGCCCCAGCUGGUCUCUGAGGAGGAGGGCGGGAACAUGAAGGUGCUGCCCCCCGACGAGGAGCUGGACCCCCUGCUGGAGGAGAGCCAGGUGGUGCUGCAGGACUUCGUCGACGCCACCCUGUACCAGCGCAGCACGCUCAACCCGGACCAGCACCAGGCGGACGACGACGACAAGGCGGCCACCUACACCCUGACCAACGUGGUGCCCCUGCUCGCCCCCUUCCUGGAGGAGUCCUGGACGCCGUACCUGGACGUCCUGCGCCGGAGGCUCAACAACUUCUGCCGCGGGACGUCCUACGUGGUGACGGGCGUCGCCGUCUCCGGCGGCCCCACCAUCCGCCGCGGGAACACCGACCGGCUGGCGGUGCCGCGGUACCUGUGGUCGGCCUACUGCUGCCCGCGCUUCGACAGGAACUCGCCGUACGCCGUGCGCUACAAGUUCCCCUCGCACGCGGCCUACGGGCUCAACCAGCCGCCGGUGGGGGCGGCGGGGGCGGCGGGGGGGCGCGGCGGCGUCCUGGAGGUGCCGCUCAAGACGCUGGAGGGCCUCCUGCGGAACCGGACCGACGCCGGCCCCGGCCUGGCCCUCUUCCACCGCGACUGCGUCUCGGAGAACGCCGCCAAGAAGAGGAGGAGGAGGGAGAGCGUCCCCGCCACGCCGUGA